AAUUCAUUCCAUCCUCUCUUUGCAUGCUACGCGUCCAUCUCCCUUUAUUCUCGGGAUAACAGCAACCUACGGAACUGUCACAACCAACAUAAGUGAAAAUGGUGCUGGGUCGCGGAGGAUACAAGUUUCAAAACUGGGCCCAAACAUAUGGUUCUAGCCCGGAGCUUUACUUUCAACCCACGUCUGCAGAGGAAAUUAAAGAGAUACUGGAUCUAGCUCGUCAGAGAAGCAAAAGGGUGAAAGUUGUGGGAGGUGGACACUCUCCUUCGAAUAUUGCCUGCUCUGACGAUUUCAUGGUUCGAUUGGAUAAAAUGAACAAGAUUCUGAAGAUUGAUAAAGAAACUAAGCAGGUGACAGUAGAAGCUGGUAUUCUUCUGGCUGAUUUGAAUAAGGAGCUAGAUAAAUGUGGCCUGGCCUUAUCAAAUCUCGGCGCAGUGUCCGAAGUAGCUGCAGGAGGAGUUAUUGGAACUGGAACUCACAACACCGGAAUUGAGCAUGGAAUCCUUAGUACCCAGGUGGUGGCUCUAACUUUGAUGACAGCUUCCGGGGAGGUCAUAGAAUGCUCGCAGUCAUCCAAUCCUGAGAUGUUCCAAGCAGCCAGCCUUCACUUGGGGUGUCUAGGAGUGAUUCUGACUGUUACUCUGCAAUGCAAGUCUUCAUUCAACCUACAAGAGAUCCAUUUCUCCUCCACCCUCCAAGAGGUCCUUGACAAUCUCGAUAACCAUUUAAACAGCUCGGAAUAUUUUCGCUUCUUCUGGUUUCCGCACACGGAUAAAGUCAGUGCGUAUUAUCAGGAUCCUACAGACAAGCCACCAUCCUCCAAAUCUAGCUGGUUCUGGGACUAUUUCGUAGGAUACUACCUUCUAGAAUUCCUUCUCUGGAUAAGCACGUUCAUGCCUCGCAUUCUCCCAUCUAUCAACCGGUUUUACUUCUGGCUUCAGUUUUCCAGUAAAAGUGAACGAGUGGACAUUAGCCAUAAAGUAUUCAAUUUUGAGUGUCUCUUUAAGCAACACGUGCAAGACUGGGCCAUUCCAGUCGAGAAGACCAAGGAUGCAUUAAUUCAGCUUAAAUCCUGGCUGGAAAGAAAUCCGCAUGUAGUUGCCCAUUUUCCGGUAGAAGUCCGAUUUGCCAAGGGAGAUGACAUCUUACUGAGCCCGUGUUAUAGUCGAGAUAGCUGCUACAUGAACAUUAUUAUGUACAGGCCAUAUGGGAAGGACGUUCCACACCAAGAAUACUGGAUAGAAUAUGAAACUAUUAUGAAACGAGUUGGUGGAAGACCGCACUGGGCCAAGGCUCACACAUGCACCCGGAAAGACUUCCAAAAGAUGUACCCAGGUUUUUCCAAGUUUAACAGCAUCAGGGAGAAACUCGACCCAACUGGAAUGUUCCUGAAUUCCUAUCUAGAGAAAGUAUUUUACUGAAGAAAGAAAGAAACACAUCUACAAUGCAAUAUAUGAGUCAUUAAAAUUCCCCUCCACAAACAAUCAGAAGGUUAUUCAGAGGCCGAGGGAAAGUUUAACCCAAACUUACUAUAUAGUGGGUGAACAUCAACAAUCAUAUUGUCCAACCAUCCAAAGUUCUAAAAUUGGAUUCUAACCCCAGAUUGUAUGCCACAACUACUAACCCAUAGUUAUUAUUGUACAGGACACUGUUAUGUUGUAUUUGCCAACAUGUCCAUCAAUUAGGAAAGUGUGCAAAGUGUAUGCAAUAAAUUGCAACUGCAAAGACAGAA